AUGGCUGCUCCUAUCAGAUCAGGCUUCGCUCUUCUCAACAGGGUUUUGAGAUCUGAUUCUCUAUCUACCCAACGAUCGGCUAUUCAACGCUCCGUCUUGACCCCUGCUUUCACCGCAUCUGAGUACUCAAAAAAUCUCAGCACUUCAUCUUUGCAGAAGGAGGAGAAAAUCAAGUUGCCUAUCACUUUAUACGGGGGAACUGGAAACUAUGCCUCUGCUUUAUACACGGCGGCCAAAAAGUCUAAGGUGCUGGAUCAGGUUGAGUCUGAGGUUUUUGACCUCAUGGAGGCUUCAAAGAACAGCCCUAAUUUUUCUCAGUUCUUGAAGGACUUGUCAGUGCCUGCUGAUACUAGAAUCAAGGCCAUUAAUGAAAUUUGUGGCGCAGCUAAAUUUUCGGACAUUACAAAGAAUUUCUUGGCUGUAGUGGCUGAGAAUGGGAGGUUAAAUUACUUGGAAAGCAUUGUAAACAAAUUCAAGCAGCUGACGAUGGCAGACAAGGGAAUAGUAAAAGCUAUUGUCAUAACUGUCAUUCCCCUCCCCCCACAAGAGGAAAAGGAAUUGAAGGAAACACUGCAGGAAGUUAUUGGACAAGGGAAGAAGGUCGAGGUUGAACAAAAGAUUGAUCCUAGCAUUCUUGGGGGGAUUAUGGUAGAGUUUGAGCAGAAGUUGUUCGACAUGUCCAUAAGAACUAGGGCGAAGCAGAUGGAGAGGUAUCUGCGUGAGCCUGCAGACUUUGAUGCCCUCUGA